AUGGCCGAGAAGAUUGCGAUUGACAAAAGUAACUUCUUUAACCAUUUGUCCAACUUCUAUGCAUCAUGGAAAGCCGACAAGCGUUCGGGCAGUACCCUGUUCGGAGGGGCUGGCUCCAUCGUCAUCCUCAUGGGCAAGACCAGAACCGAUGAAAGUGCCUUUCAGAAGAAUAAUGCGAUGCACUUUUGGCUUCUCGGAUACGAGUUCCCAGCUACGCUCCUGGUCCUAACUACUGAAGCUAUCUAUGUAGUCACCACGGCCAAGAAAGCGGAGCUUCUUGAGCCUUUGAAAGGUGGAAAGAUCCCCGUGGAACUUCUAGUGACCACAAAGGACCCAGAAUCGAAGACGAAGGCGUUUGAAAAAUGUCUGGAAGUCAUCAAAGGUGCAGGAAAGAAAGUUGGUACUCUGCCGAAAGACACAACAUCAGGUCCUUUCGCCGAUGACUGGAAGCGCGCUUUCGCAGAAAUUUCCAAGGAGAUUGAGGAAGUUGAUAUAACCCCAGCACUCUCAACUGCAUUCUCGAUCAAGGAUCCCGAGGAACUGGUUUGCAUUCGGAAUGCCUCCAGGGCGUGUAGCGGGUUGAUGUCAGAAUACUUCGUGGAUGAGAUGUCCCAGCUGCUAGAUGAAGAAAAGCAGAUGACGCACAAAACCCUUGCCAGCAAGGUGGAGGCGAAGAUUGAUGACAGGAAAUUCUUCAACAAGCUUGCUCGGCUCCCGUCGGAAUUUGACGCCGACCAGAUUGACUGGGCCUAUGGUCCAGUAGUUCAGAGUGGUGGGGUCUAUGACCUGAAGCUGACCGCAACCCCCGACAACAAGAACCUUCAGCCGGGCAUCAUUCUUUCAAGUUUUGGUAUCCGCUACAAAACAUACAAUUCCCUUAUCGGGCGAACCUAUCUGGUGGACCCUAGCAAGUCUCAAGAAGCCAACUACGCCUUCUUGGUGACCCUGCACGAGACGGUCAUGAAAGAGAUUCGGGAUGGGGUCGUUGCUAAGGAUCUGUAUAACAAGGCUCUGGGUCUAGUUAAAUCAAAAAAGCCAGAACUUGAGAACCACUUGACCAAGAACAUUGGCGCUGCAAUCGGAAUCGAGAUCCGUGAUGCCAAUAUGGUUCUCAAUGCGAAGAACACUCGCGUUUUGAGAAAUGGCAUGACCCUGGCGAUCACCAUUGGCCUGACCGAUGUCAAAGACGCCAGCUCUAAGGGCAAAGACGUCUACUCCAUGGUCAUCACCGACACCGUUCGCGUUGGAGAGAAUGGUCCUCACAUCUUUACUAAGGAUGCGGGUAUCGAUAUGGACUCGGUUUCCUUUUACUUCGGGGACGAUGAAGAGCCAGAGAAGCCGGUGAAGGAGAAGAAGGAGGCCAAAUCCAGUGCAAUUGCUAGCAGAAAUGUCACACGCACCAAGCUUCGAGCGGAGCGGCCGACUCAGAUCAACGAGGGUGCCGAAGCACGCCGACGGGAGCAUCAGAAGGAAUUGGCGACAAAGAAAACCAAAGAAGGUCUAGAUCGAUUCACUGGGACGACAGGAGACGACAAUGGUGUGGCCCAGAAGAAGUUCAAGCGCUUCGAGUCCUACAAGCGGGACAACCAGCUGCCCGUCAAAGUCAAGGAUCUUACUGUGUACGUUGACCACAAAGCGUCUACUGUCAUCGUGCCAAUCAUGGGUCGGCCCGUGCCGUUCCAUAUCAAUACCAUCAAGAAUGCCAGCAAGAGUGAUGAAGGAGAAUACGCGUAUCUGCGGAUCAAUUUUCUCUCGCCUGGUCAGGGUGUUGGUAGAAAAGAUGACCAGCCAUUUGAAGACCCGAACGCCCACUUUGUUCGCAACUUGACCCUGCGAUCUAAGAGUAACGACCGAUUGGCACAGGUUGCACAAGACAUCACCGAGCUUCGGAAAAAUGCUUUGAGAAGAGAGCAGGAAAAAAAGGAGAUGGAAGACGUGGUCGAGCAAGACAAACUUGUGGAAAUCAGAAAUCGUCGUCCUGUGAAAUUGCCCGAUGUCUACCUUAGGCCCCCACUGGAUGGGAAGCGUGUUCCGGGUGAAGUGGAGAUCCAUCAGAAUGGUCUUCGGUACCUAUCACCUUUUCGCAACGAACAUGUCGAUGUGCUCUUCAGCAAUGUCAAGCAUCUAUUUUUCCAGCCGUGUGCCCACGAGAUGAUCGUCCUCAUCCACGUGCAUUUGAAAACCCCAAUCAUCAUCGGAAAAAGAAAAACUCGGGAUGUGCAGUUCUACAGAGAAGCUACAGAAAUGCAGUUUGAUGAAACUGGAAACCGUCGGCGCAAACACCGAUAUGGAGACGAAGAAGAAUUCGAGGCCGAACAAGAGGAACGACGCCGGAGGGCUGCACUCGAUCGUGAGUUCAAGGCCUUUGCUGAAAAGAUUGCGGAUGCUGGCAAGGAGGAGGGUGUGGAUGUCGAUAUUCCCUUCCGAGAGAUCGGUUUUACUGGUGUCCCCAAUCGCUCCAACGUACUGAUCCAACCAACUACGGAUGCGCUCGUCCAACUCACUGAACCUCCUUUCAUGGCCAUCACACUCAAUGAAAUUGAGAUUGCGCAUUUGGAGAGAGUACAGUUUGGCCUCAAAAAUUUCGAUCUUGUGUUCGUCUACAAGGAUUUCCAUCGACCACCGGUACAUAUCAACACGAUCCCAGUUGAGGCGCUGGAAGGUGUCAAGGACUGGCUGGACUCGGUGGAUAUUGCGUUUACCGAGGGUCCACUGAAUCUGAACUGGACCACCAUCAUGAAAACCGUUGUCAGCGAUCCAUAUGGCUUCUUUGCCGAUGGUGGGUGGUCUUUCUUAGCUGCCGAGUCCGACUCUGAAGGUGGAUCGGACGACGAAGCAGAGUCAGCCUUUGAAUUGUCUGACUCGGAGCUGGCUGCGGCUGAUGAGAGUUCGGAAGAGGACAGCGAGUUUGAUGAUGAUGCCAGUGCGGAUGCCAGCGAAGAGGACUUCAGUGGGGAUGAAGAGAGUGGUGAGGACUGGGAUGAGCUGGAAAAGAAAGCCAAGCGCCAGGACAAGGAAGCUAUGGCGGACGACGAUGACCGUGGAACGAAGCGUAAGCGCUAA